AUGGCUGCCCAGAGGGUCGCCAUCAUCGGUGCCGGCGUCUCUGGCCUGUGCGCCCUGAAAUGUUGCCUGGACGAGGGGCUGGUACCCACGUGCUUCGAGAGGAGCAAGGACAUCGGGGGGCUCUGGCGCUUCGAGGAGUACCCCGAGGAGGGCCGUGCCAGCAUCUACCGCUCCGUCAUCAUCAACACUUCCAAGGAGAUGAUGUGCUUCAGCGAUUUCCCCAUCCCUGAGGACUUCCCCAACUACAUGCACAACUCCAAGAUCAUGGAGUACUUCCGCAUGUACGCCCAGCGCUUCGACCUGCUCCGCCACAUCCGCUUCAGGACCAGCGUGUGCCGCGUGGCCAAGCGCCCCGACUUCCCCACUACGGGCCAGUGGGAGGUGGUGACCGAGAGCGAGGGGAAGCAGGAGGCGGCCGUCUUCGACGCCGUGCUGGUGUGCACCGGGCACCACACCGAUGCACACCUCCCGCUGAGCACCUUCCCA